GUAACGGACAACUGAGACCUCGCUCUAACACUUAAGCAAAGUAGAUAAACUAUUCUUUAUAAAAAAUAUGCCCUUCAUAAUGAGAUGAUCUGCUCUAAUGGCAGGUCGUUCUAUUGACACUAGUUUUUACAUUCAGUACUUUGUAGCUAUAAUAGCACAUUAUGUUGUCAUUUAACACAUGUAGGAGUACUUUAAUAGGUUAAUUAACUAGUCUGUUUUUUACUUCUUCUUGUAAUGGACACCUAGUGUUACUGGAAGUACUGAAACACGCAACCCCCGCCUUGGUAACUUGGCUAAUGAAAUAUUUUUACCUUUUUAUACAAUGGUAGGAUUGAAUGACAACUGACAACGGCCUGUAGGGUUUUAAAAGAGGGCAUUUUAUAUUGUAAUAACCUGUAUCACGCAAACUGUUCGCUGGUAAACUGGGUUACAGGAAGCGGCAGGAAUUUGUAAAGUUCAUUGAUUUAAUUAUAUAGCACGUGUUCUCUUAUAAUUUAAUAGCGAUUUUAUGGUUAUUGGGAUUGCUAAACAAGUCACGCGUAAAUGUUUAAGUUAAGCUAUAAUUUUCAUUCAUUUCAGUAGGAAAACACAAUCAUAUCGCAUCCUAUUUUAAGUUGAAUAUCUGCGUAGCGGUACCCUUCAAUGAAACUGUAUCAAUAUGACUUUCACAGAACAAUGCCCCCUGCAGUUGUAGUCAAUUCUCAAUACAAAUCCAAAAUUAAUUUUAUUUAAUGUAAUAAAGAUACAUCAUCAUUAUCAUAUUGUGUCGUUCGCAACCAUAAAAAUAUAUAACCGUCGUGUAGCAUCCAUCAAAAAUGUUAUUCAACUUUGCCGAAGUUGUUCGGUUAAAUAUAAAAAGCGACGCGUCAUUAGACUAACAAAAUGCAUUAUCGUUGUUACGUUGCUUUUUACAGGAGGCUCGUGUCACGAACGGGGAGUUAUAAAUCACUGGGGCUGGGGGCAUCAGCUUGCAAUGUGAGUCGGAGACAGUGCUGGGUGGGCGGCGGAGCGCGCCAGUCGGCCCGAGUCGAACGAUACGCUCGCCAACUAAACGUGUUUCGAACAAUAUCACGACUUCUCGAUAUUACGAUUGCAAUGAUAAGCUGACAUGCGAUUCACGCGUUCACAUACACGAGUAUAUUCCAUUGAAGGCGAAGAUGUAUCGCGUCUGAUAUGAAUAAAGUUGGAACUGUUCCCGAUGGAUCGUGUCUAACUUUGAGAAAUAAAAAGGCAUGUUUCUAGGGCUGUGCUGAAGGAUGGACGGCGGCUUCGAUGAUGAUGAGCCUUUUAUAUUCAGGCUGAAUGACAGCGGCACGGGGCCUGGCCUGCUGGUGAAGGUAUGCGCUGAACGUGGCUGGCGCAUGUACCCUGGCUACCACAGCGGCUUGGAAGAACGAUGGAAUCUUUGGUGGAAGACCAGCGCCUUCCCGGCGGCUAGCUACAAGACUUUAGGAGAUUGGCAGUUCAUGAACCAUAUACCUAAAGGCGGAUCGAUAUGCAGAAAAGACAAUCUUUCACGUCUGCUACGUUGCAUGAAGAGGAUUUACGGAGCUGUGUAUGAUUUCAGCCCUCCAUGCUACCAUUUACCCUUGGAGUAUGCGAAGCUGGUGUCGGAAUGUUCUCGACUGCGACGUGAUGAGAACGGAGCGGGAGCCAACGUCGUGUGGAUACACAAACCCGUCGCCCAGAGUCAGGGCAGGGGAAUCUUUUUGUUUAGGAGCCUGUGCGAGAUGAACUGCGGGACGUCGGCGGUGGUGCAGCGCUACAUCGAGCGGCCGCUGCUGAUCGCGGGCUACAAGUUCGACCUGCGGCUGUACGUGUGCGUGCCGGGCUACAGGCCGCUCACCGCCUACAUGUACGCUGAGGGACUCGCGAGAUUCGGCACGGACAAGUACACGCUAUCGGACAUCCACAACCCGUACCGCCACCUGACGAACUCGUCCCUCAACAAGAGCGGCCCGCGAUACGCUGAAUGUAAGGACCGAAUCGGUAGCGGGUGCAAAUGGACGUUGACGCAAGUGCGAAAGGCGCUUAUAGGGCGCUGGGGUGCCGCAGAGUGGGUGGUUUGGCAGCGGAUCAGGGCGCUGGUGACGCUGACCCUGCUGGCCCAGGCGGCUGGUACUCCACCAGCUAGGAACUGCUUCGAAUUCUACGGGUUUGACGUCCUACUUGAUGAUUGCUUGAAGCCUUGGUUGUUGGAGGUGAACCUUUCCCCGGCGUUAGCAUCCGACUGCGAGGCUGAUAUAGUGGUGAAGCAACCGAUGCUGCACGAGCUGUUCGACCUCCUGGGACUGCCCAUGAAGCACACUGGACUCGCCAAGUUGAAGGCACCUCCUCCACCGACCCAGCUCACCAACAGUUGCAGUUCGGAGGAGGAGAACAACGGCGGGAGUCGCGCGCGCACACGCUCGGCGGGGCGGCGCACGGCACGCCCGCGCCGGCGCCGCGCGCUGCCCCUACACUGCGUCACGCUAGCGGGACCCGGCGCCACCACCAACACGCCACCCCCCACGCCACCCAGCGGAUUGCCUGAGAAAGAGAAAAUUCAGGAAUCGGCGGAAAAAACCAAGGAGGUACACGGUGCGCGGUACAAAACGGAUACCAACAGUGAUGCUGAUGUACAGUCUUCAUCGAAUGGGCCUACACCGCCAACGGAGCCGGUGGACGAGUCGUGGCGUGGCGGGUACUCCACGGCUGCUUCACGCCGACGUGUCAUGUCUGCCUGCAAGUGGGGGAAUGGCGUCUGCUGGAAUAGGGCCAUCGGCAGAGUGGGGCACUGGGUCAGGAUAUACCCGCAUUCCUUACCGAAUAAUGAUGAGCUGCCUGUAGAGGAUGUGAGAGAAAGUGUGGCUCAAGUGUCAAAGUUCGUGCGAGCAGCGAGAGAAGUCAGUCGAGAAUUCGGCAAGGAUACUUCGGGACCUCGGGACGCAUCCAGAGAUGCCGUUUUCGAAGAAGCACUCCGCAAAAAGUUAGACUUUGGACCCCAUUUCCAAGUGUGGUUGCCCCCCUUUUAAUGUGUUCAUACAAACCGUAAUCUUAAUUGUUUAAUGUAAGGCCUAUUUAUUAGAUAGAUAAAUAAAUGCUUAC